AACUGUAUACACACAAAGAUGCAGCAAGCAAAGGCCUUUUCCAAUACGCAGCACUUCUCCGUCGGCGGUGGAAACGGCCGGAAUCUGCCACAUCAUCAUGUAAGAACCCCGGCAACCGCUUCCAAAUUCCGGCGACAAUCAGUCUCAGCAGUGGCAUCGCCGCCACGUCCAAGUGAGACAGUAAUACACUCGAUGCCACCGGAGAAGAGAGAGGUGUUCAAAUCGCUUGAUGGGUGGGCUACAGAAACCAUACUCCCGAUGUUAAAGCCAGUGGAGCAAUCUUGGCAGCCACAUGAUUUCUUGCCGGACUCCACACAGCCGACCGAUUCAUUCAUGGACCAAGUCAGGGUCCUACGUGAACAAACCUCUGGAUUGCCGGACGAUUACUUGGUGGCACUGGUGGGUGAUAUGAUCACUGAAGAGGCUCUGCCAACUUACAUGUCUAUGCUGAACCGGUUUGAUGGGGUUGAGGAUGAGACCGGAUCUUGCUCGGACCCUUGGUCUGUUUGGACCAGGGCUUGGACCGCUGAAGAGAACCGGCAUGGCGAUCUGCUCAAGACGUACCUUUACUUGUCCGGACGUGUCAACAUGCCAACCAUCGAGCGCACUAUUCAGCAUCUCAUCGGUGCCGGCAUGGAGACUGGGUUGGAAAACAACCCAUACUUGGGAUUCGUAUACACAUCAUUCCAAGAGAGGGCAACAUUCAUAUCACACGGAAACACAGCUCGUUUGGCGAAGGAGCAUGGUGAUCUAGCGCUUGCACGCAUAUGCGGCAUAAUAGCAUCGGACGAGAAGCGCCACGAGAAUGCUUACAUCAAGAUGGUGGAGAAGCUAUUAGAGAUGGACCCUACAGACACCAUGUUGGCCAUCUCUGAUAUGAUGCACAAGAACAUCACCAUGCCUGCUCACUUGAUGUAUGAUGGUGAGGACCCACAUUUGUUCCAUCACUUCUCUGCCGUUGCACAGAGGCUCGGUGUAUAUACAGCCAAGGACUAUGCAGAUAUAUUGGACUUCUUGGUUGGGAGGUGGAAGCUGGAGAAGAUAGAGGGCCUGAGCAGCUCUGGCCACCAAGCACAAGAUUUCGUCUGUGGGUUGGCACCCAGGCUUAGGAAGCUACAAGAACGAGCUGAUCAAAGGGCCCACAAGAUGCAGCCACAAAAUGUAAGGUUCAGCUGGAUAUUCAACAAGGAGGUUACUUUGUAAGAUAGGAGAUUCACUGAGGCAGUGGAGAGGUAGACCCAAUAUGAGGAACACCUGAUCAGUAGAAGAAAAAUUGAGGAAGUAGUAUAUGCUUAUGGGUCAAAGUUGCAAGGGCUUAGUUAUCCAACCUAUCUGCUUGAAGUUGUCCAUAAAAAAUUAUCAUAGGAAAACAUAUACAAGUGAUGGUAAAAAUAUGUGUUAUAGAUUUUUGUACCACAUCUUAUUUUUAAAUUUAUAUCUGAUGCCACCCUAGUUUUCUAAAAAUAUCAACUAUAUCACCUAUAUUGUUAACUAAAUUAUACUUAAAUCCAUUCUGUUAGAGAUGAAACUGUAAGUGGUGAUGUGGCAUGGUUGAUAUUUCUUAAAUGGCAAGUUUAUCCUUUCUAAACACUUUCUCAAGGGUAAACUUACUAUUUUACCCUUC